GCUCUUCGCCAACUGUAAGUAAGACGAAACUUCUAAUUACAUUCUUCCUUCCUUCCUUUCUCUCACAGUCUUGCAGUCGUCGACUUCACACAUUUGUUUUUAUCAACUACAAAUUGACUUGGCAAAAACUCUUAUUGCAUUUUCAUUGACUGUAAAAAAAAAAAAGUAAUCAUCUAAGGUUUUUGGUUUUUGAUUUGUUAUAUUUCCCUCGAUCUUCAACAAAAACAACCAUAGAAACAGCGGCAACGGCAAUCCGUUUUGUUUUUAUUUACUAAAUUUGAUUUGGCAAAAACACAUUGACUAUAUAAGAAGAAGGAGGAGGAGGAGAAAUAAGAAAUGGGGUCGCAAGAGUAUUUGAACAAGAUGCAAGUCAGGCAGAAUUAUCGUAACCUUUGGCAUACUGAUCUUAUGCGUACAAUGCAAGCAGAUACUCCUUAUUGCUGUUUUGCUCUGUGGUGUGCACCAUGUGCAUCAUAUUUGCUUCGAAAACGAGCUCUCUAUGGUGAUAUGACAAGGUAUACAUGCUGUGCGGGUUAUAUGCCCUGCAGUGGUCGGUGUGGAGAAAGUCGUUGCCCUGAGUUUUGUUUAGCAACUGAGGUUUUUCUCUGCUUUGGAAAUUCUGUGGCUUCAACCCGCUUCAUGUUGCAAGAUGAGUUCAACAUUCAAACAACACAAUGUGAUAACUGCAUUAUUGGUUUCAUGUUCUGCCUCCAACAACUUGCUUGCAUAUUUUCAAUUGUUGCUAUGAUUGUUGGAAGUGAGGAGAUCAGUGAAGCUUCUCAGUUGCUAUCGUGUUUGUCUGACAUGGUCUACUGCACGGUUUGUGCCUGUAUGCAGACACAACACAAGGUUGAAAUGGACAAGAGAGAUGGCAAGUUUGGUCCUCAACCAAUGGCAGUGCCACCAGUGCAGCAUAUGUCACGACUAGAUCAGCCUUACCCGCCAACUGUUGGAUAUCCUCAACAAGCUUAUCCAGCUCCUCCUCAACAAGCCUAUCCACCUCCUGGCUAUCCGCCUACUGGCUAUCCACCCGCUGGCAGCUAUCCUGCCUCUGGUUAUCCACCUCCUGGCUAUCAGAAGUGAUCUUUUAAAGGAUUUGGUGCAGCUUUCUGGAAUUAAAAGAAAAUUGGAAACAAGUUUAUCUACCGUGGAUAACGUUGUGAUUUUGUAUAGGUAUUCAUUGGUGAAUGGCGAUCGUAAUUGAACUUGUGUGCCGAGUUUUUCUAUAGAUUUUCGUCUCAAAACAUGAAAAUUGCAUUGCUCUGCUUCUUACAGCCAUGUUUAAUUGGUGUUUGGAUUUGUAUGGUGAUGUGUCAGAACUCACAAAUUCAUUCCGGUAUUAAUUAGUUAGGUGAUUGCUUCUUGUUGAGGCUCUUUAAA